AUGCCAGUGAAAUGUUGUUUCCACAGGUCAAAUGCUGGGGAAACCAUGGCCUGGUCUGAGUCUGUGGAUACAGUACUAGCUAAUAAAGAUGGCCUGGCAGCUUUUCGGACAUUUUUGAAGUCAGAGUUCAGUGAGGAGAAUGUGGAGUUCUGGCUGGCCUGUGAAGACUUCAAGAAAACCAAGUCCUCCACCAAGAUUGCCUUGAAAGCCCAAAAGAUUUAUUCUGAUUUUAUACGAGCUGAUGCUCCAAAGGAGAUUAAUAUCGACUUCCAUACCAAAACUGACAUCUCUCAGAAUAUCUCUGAGCCCACGCUCAGCUGCUUUGAUGAUGCUCAGAGGUUAAUCUACAGUCUCAUGGCAAAGGACUCCUUCCCCAGGUUUCUAAGGUCAGAAGUGUACAAGGAACUUGUAAAGAAACAUCAGGACAGAAAUGAGAAGAGAUGGCUCCCAUUUUUGUGA